AGCUGCACGGAGGUGUGAGGUGCAGCCAUGGGCAACAAAGUGAGCACUUUCAGUGAGGAACAGCUCGAAGACCUACAGGACAGCACAUUUUUCACUAGAAAAGAGAUCCUGAUGCUGCACAAAAAGUUCCGCGAUCUCGAUCCACAACUAGUCCCGAAAACCAUGCUCAACGACGAGGCCAGAGGUGUGAGAGUCGCCAAGGAAAAGUUCCUCAAAAUGAGCGAGUUCCGAGAGAAUCCUUUCAAGGAGCGACUCUUGCGCGUUUUCUCGGACGACGGUACGGGCGACCUUUGUUUCGAAGACUUCCUCUACAUGAUGUCAGUGCUAAGUGAAGGAGCUCCGCGUGAGCUGAAGGCGAAGUUCGCCUUCGCAAUCUACGACUACGACGACGACGGGAAGUUGGGACCCGAGGACAUCGCGAUGGCUGCAGCUGUUCUCACCCAGAAUCAACUCACAGCUGAGGAGCUUGAAGUUGUCGUGACGAAAGUUCUCGACGAAGGCGAUAUCGACAGUGACGGACACCUCUCACAAGCGGAGUUCGAGCAUGUCAUAUCUCGUGCUCCGGAGUUCAUCAACGCUUUCCAUGUUCGGGCCUGAGUGUGAAAAUCGGCCUUACCGGCGUCCUACACUAGGACGUGUACCUCACCGGAACACGGACGCUGCUCAUUCGGAAUCGAGCAGGAUCUGCAGUCGAGCGGGGAACGCAUCCAUCGAUCCACCAUUCCCUAGACUAGAAUAUGACUCGACGAGUCCCGAUCUUCCGGGGACAGCUCCGGAAAUCAGCCGAGGGCACGGUCUCGGCUCGGUUUACGGGACAUGUGUACGCUGCAUGAUUAUUCGCACGAUGUCGAG